CUGAAGAUUUUGGUUUUUGCCUUCUCCAGUUACCGCAGUCUUGCAGAAUUGAUGUUGCAAGGUUGAAAGAAGAUUUUGGAAAAUGGCCUCUCCAUUCACUGGGCCAACAGCAGUUGCUGAUGUAAUUAAAGAUCUAGACACUCAGAUAGCUCUGAUCGGUUUGGGUCCUCACAACCCCAAAAAGAAACAGGAUCUUGAUAAGCUGUAUGAUUUAAAAACUAAAGCCCAGCAGAUUAUGAACCAGUUUGGCCCAUCUACCUUGAUCAACUUAUCCAACUUCUCCUCGAUAAAGCCAGAACCUGCUAGCACUCCACCGCAGAGCUCCAUGGCAAACAGUACUGCUGUGGCCAAGAUGCCUGGGACCCCUAGUGGAGGGGGACGCCUGAGUCCAGAAAGCAACCAGGUUUUAACCAAAAAGAAAUUGCAGGAUCUGGUUCGAGAAGUGGAUCCAAAUGAGCAGCUGGAUGAGGAUGUGGAGGAGAUGCUGUUGCAAAUUGCUGAUGACUUCAUUGAGAGCGUGGUGACAGCCGCCUGCCAGCUUGCCCGACAUCGCAAAUCGAACACUCUGGAAGUGAAAGAUGUCCAGUUGCAUCUUGAACGUCAGUGGAACAUGUGGAUCCCAGGUUUUGGUUCUGAAGAAAUACGGCCGUACAAAAAAGCCUGCACUACAGAAGCUCACAAACAGAGGAUGGCACUGAUCCGCAAAACCACCAAGAAAUAACCUCUAGGAAUGGCAGGGAGAUGACUGCGGUGCAUUUUGGGAUAUCUGCCUCUAAGCUGAAGCCUCCAUGACACCAUCCAUGGGAUAUUUUUUUUAAUGCUUUACAGAGAAGCAUAUAUUUUUAUUAACAGUGCAGCAAUAUCUGACUUUAUGAGGAGAUCUGCCAAAAAACAUUAUAUGCCCCCUUCCUCAGCCCCUCAAAAGAACGCAACAUAUCUUGAAACAAAGACUUUAUCUGUGACUUUAAAGUGGUUUAUCGUCUAAGUGAUUAUCUGAGGGACAGAGCAUCUUGGUCUUGUUUGGGACAGUAUUAGAAGCAUCUCUAGAGGUUUUUGUUUCCUCUUUCGCUCCCUACCAGUUCCCAGUACUUUGUAAUGUCAGUGUUUGUAUAAAUAUUUGCAUUUGUUUUACAUGAAUAAAGAAGAACCAUGGCACAGUCUUGUGCUGUUCCCAUUAAACAAAUAGGGUAUCUCCCAGCAGUUGGAGAUGGACUGCUUGGUGUGUGAGACCUUGGGGUUUGUUUAUUCAGGUUGUUAGUAUUCAGGGUAUGGAGACUGACUUCCCUCUGCUGGUUCCCUGUAGAUCAGGCACUGUGCACCGUCUCGCCUGAAUCAAUUCCUUUGGUUUGCAGGCUUUUAAUUGGGAACACUUCAUCAGUACAUGAUUCACUUUAAACAUCCUAGAGAAGAAACUGGAAUUGUAGACUUGAGUUUUGCCCUGUUCACUUCAGAAAGCAGGUGAGAGGUUCUUCAAAUUACAGAUGCAGGAGGAGAAGGCUGUUGGUUCCUAAAAUUGCCAGUCUUGAGUUCUGGAUUGACAGGGCUGAAACUGCGUUGCCUGGUCCCCCCCACAAAAAAAACCUAACAUGCACCUGAUCCUAAGCGUAAGCCAUCAAAUUUCCAAACUGCUGCAGCACCUCAGUUGAAAUUGCAACAUCUCAUCUGCUUUACACUAACGUAAAUGUAAACAAAGCAAGUUGAGUAUAAUAAGGUUUAUUUUUUAAGAAUUCUGAUUAAAUUGAUAAACUCGAACACCAAGUUGAGUCUUACGGGCUUGACAAUACUAGGGACUGAACUCUUUGAUAGACUAAGCAGUAAUAUAGGGUUUCUUCUGCUGUUUUCCUGGUAUGUGAUGUGGUCAGUCAAAAUCAGGGAUGUGAUAUACAGCUCUCUAAGUGUCUGUAGUUUAUCUCUGUGCCCAGCUAAUAACUAUUUUCAGUUAAAACUUCAUUUCAUUUGGCAGUCGCCUGAAGAGCCAAACAUUUUAGGAAACAAAAAUAGUUACCAAAAUAGAUUAAAUUCUGAUUAGUAUCCUGGAGGUGAAAGCUACCCUAGUCUUGGGCCAUAGGGUAUUUCGAUAUUGUCGAAUGCCAAGAACAAAAGUCAAGAGGAGUGCUGUUGGCUCAGAACCAGAUUGCCAAGUCUGAUAAUUAGGCCUGAAAGGGAAGCUGUUUUACUUAAAUAAAAAGUGCCUCUUUACAUAUUCAAAACGUAGCCUGUUUUCUAAGCAGUAUCCUUUCAAGCAGAGGGUAAGCCUAGCUGUAAGUAGGGCCUCAGGGGCUGGAAGUUUUCAGCCAGAUGCUAUGUAAUCAGGUAGGGCAUAAUGGUAAAACAAGGUGAUCUAGGUUUUAAAACUAGGAGUUGCAUUAGUAGGAAGGGAGCUGCUGGUAUGUCAAGUGCUGUUGACAAGGCUUUCUGUAGACUCUGGCUGAGCAUAUACACUUGGCAAAUACUUUACAAGCAGAACAGCAGUUGGAACGUUUAGUGCACAGAAAAAUGCAACAUCCAUAGAGCUUCUAUCCCCAGGUGUUUAGGUUUUCCCCACCUCCUGAUUCUACUAUGCCUGUACAUGCUGUCUGGGGAUAAUACUCUUGCCAUAUUCAUUGGCAUGGCUAGCAUUAAAUAAUUCCUCCUCUAUUAGGAUAAUAAAGCCAAUGAGAAAUAUGAAUAAAACAUUUAAUCAACA